UCGAAAGGGAGCAGAAGUCCCAUUGGGCGAGGGGAUUCUGGGAGCAGGUGGAGGACCAGAAGGAGGACUGCCGACUGGACCUCUGCCCAUCUCUUUCCCGGCCAGAGCUCAGUCGGUCCAGAAGACGGACAAGGCGGAUUCCAGCAGAGAGGUUGUGUCUGCAAAGUUCUCUCUUCCAACAUCUCAGGCAACCGUGGUGAAAAUGGGUCUCAAAUUGGUGGCCGCAACACUCUUGUUAGUGGUCCUCUGCUCCGAAAUCUCCAGCUUCCGCCUGCAGAAACGAGAAGCUCAGGAGGAGACGCAAGUCCUGACCCAAAUCCAAGAGGCAGCCAAAGGAUACUGGGACCAAGUUUCCAAUACGACAAUGGGCUGGUUUGGCCAAUUCAAAGUCCUUGGGUUUAAUGAGAAACUCAGCGACAUGUACGAAAAGGGCUCCUCGGCCGUGAGCACCUACUGGAACAUCAUCUCCGACCAAGUCUAUCACCACUGGCACGGCGAUCAAUAAACAGCGUGGUUUGCAAGGCCCACGGUCCUCCGGCUUGCUUUUCGUACAAUUCGGACACAAACAUCUGUCUUCCCUGCUUCCCAAGUGAAUAAAAUGUCUUUCCUUCCCCCUGA